AUGAAGUGUCUUCGUCUGGCCUCCGUGGCCGCUCUUAUCAGCGCCGCUACUGUCUCCGCUGGUCCCUUGCGCAUCCGGGAAGAUGACGGAUUUUGCCCCAAGGGCUACACCAUGAGCGUCUACUACAAGACCAUCUAUGCAUCUGCGACCUCUGUACAGUCUACAGUUGCCUCGUCUACUACGGCUGCUGUUCUGUCUCAAACCACCGCUGCGCCCGCAGUGACCACAUCGACUACUUCCAUUGUCGUGGAGUCUACGACUUCCGCCCCAGUUGUCCAAAUCGAGACUACCACCUCUUCCGCCCCUGCUGCUGAGACCACAGCUGCCGAGACCGAAAUUAAGAAGACCGCUCCGGCUGUGGUAAUUCCCCCCACUUCACUUGCGACUCUUCCCGUCGAGCCCACUGCUGUCCCUGUCGUGAAGGCCCCAGUCGUGAAGGCCCCAGUCGUGGAUGCUCCAGUCGUGGAUGCCCCCGAGAAAACCACCACUAAGGCUAUCGUCGAAGCUCCCAGCACUUCUACCAAAUCUUCUACUUCCUCCUCUUCCACCAAGUCUGCAUCUACCAGCCCCUCCGAGGGAAGCCCCGGCAAGGCCACCUUCUACGGCGGCAAUGUUGGCGGCGGAACCUGUUCGUUCUCCGGCUACACCCUCCCGAGCCACCUCUUCGGUGCAGCCCUCUCUCUCCAGCGAUGGGAUGACGCAGCCAACUGCGGUGCCUGUGUCUCCGUCACCGGUCCCAAUGGUAACUCCAUCAAGGCAAUGAUCGUCGAUCAAUGCCCCGAAUGCGAAAGCAACCACCUCGAUCUCUUCCAGGAUGCUUUCGCCGAGCUCUCGGACAUCUCCGCCGGCAUCAUCCAGACCAGCUGGUCAUAUGUCUCCUGCGAUCUGGACGGACCCCUCAAGCUUAAGAACAAGGAGGGCACAUCCGCCUACUGGUUCUCGAUGCAAGUUGUUAACGCCAACGAGCCUGUGGCUUCGUUGGAUGUUUCCACCGAUGGCGGUAGCACGUGGCAGGGAACCUCCCGCCAGUACUACAACUUCUUCGAGAACUCUGCUGGAUUCGGUACUAGCACCGUUGAUGUGCGUAUUACCGGUGCUAGUGGCAAGACUGUUGUUGUUAAGAACGUCGGUGUCGGUUCUGGCAACGUGGUUACUGCCAACUCGAACCUGUAA